CUGCCCUAGCUGGCCGCCACGGGAUGGAAGGCUUCAUGGACUCAGGGACACAGACCGACGCCGUGGUGGUGCUGUCCUUGGCCCAGGCCGCCGUGCUAGGCCUGGUCUCUGAAAAUGAGCUCUUUGGGGCCACCAUAAGCGCCGACGCCUUCUACCCGGACCUGGGUCCUGAGCUGUCGACGGGCGUCAUGGGGGAGCCGGGCCCCCCAGGCCCCGACAUCUACCAGCUGGCCUGCAACGGGCGGGCCCUGGAAGAGCCGGCCGAAGAAGAAGUGCUGGAAGUGGAGGCGGCCUUUGAGAAGCACACGCGGCGGAAGACCCGGGCCCCGGUGCGCCUGGUGCCCAAGGUCAAGUUCGAGAAGGUGGAGGAGGAGGAAGAGGAGCAGGAGGUAUACGAGGUGUCCGUGCCGGGCGACGACAGGGUCCCCGAUGCCACUGCCGCCACCGCGGCCGAGACACCAGGCCAGGGGGCCACGGGAGAUUGCGAGUCACUGGUCCAGAGCAGCUCUGUGAAAAUGAUCGACCUCAGCGCCUUCAGCCGCAAGCCACGGCCCAUGGUGCGGCACCUUCCCCGCAACUCCAGACCCGAACUGGACGUGGCCCCCUAUGACCCCCACUUCCCCGACCCGGCCCGGGACACCACCUUCCCUGAGCCCAACCUGGCGCUGCCGGGCCCCGAGGCGCUGCCCGCCGACUGCAGCUUCGAGCCACCCCCGUUAGCCCCUCUGAGUGACCCCGAGGCGGCCCCCCUGGCAUCCCCCGAGCCCGCCAAGCCCGAGCAGGGCUUCGUGUGGCAGGAGGCCUCCGAACUGGAGGCGGACGCGGCCGGUGCCACCGUGGAGCGCCACAAGAAGGCACAGCUGGACCGGCUGGACAUCAACGUCCAGAUCGAUGACUCGUACCUGGUGGAGGCCGGGGACCGGCAGAAGCGCUGGCAGUGCCGCAUGUGCGAGAAGUCGUACACGUCCAAGUACAACCUGGUGACACACAUCCUGGGCCACAACGGCAUCAAGCCGCACUCCUGCCCGCACUGCAGCAAGCUCUUCAAGCAGCCCAGCCACCUGCAGACGCACCUGCUCACCCACCAGGGCACGCGGCCCCACAAGUGCCAGGUGUGCCACAAGGCCUUCACGCAGACCAGCCACCUGAAGCGCCACAUGCUGCUGCACUCCGAGGUCAAGCCCUACAGCUGCCACUUCUGUGGCCGUGGCUUUGCCUACCCCAGCGAGCUCAAGGCCCACGAGGUGAAGCAUGAGAGCGGCCGCUGCCACGUGUGCGUCGAGUGUGGCCUGGACUUCUCCACCCUGACGCAGCUCAAGCGCCACCUGGCGUCCCACCAGGGCCCCACCCUGUACCAGUGCCUGGAGUGCAACAAGUCCUUCCACUACCGCAGCCAGCUGCAGAACCAUAUGCUCAAACACCAGAACGUGCGGCCCUUCGUGUGCACCGAGUGCGGCAUGGAAUUCAGCCAAAUCCACCACCUCAAGCAGCACUCGCUGACGCACAAGGGAGUGAAGGAGUUCAAGUGUGAGGUGUGUGGCCGGGAGUUCACCCUGCAGGCAAACAUGAAGCGCCACAUGCUGAUCCACACGAGUGUUCGGCCCUACCAGUGCCACAUCUGCUUCAAGACCUUUGUGCAGAAGCAGACGCUCAAGACACAUAUGAUCGUCCACUCGCCUGUUAAGCCGUUCAAGUGCAAGGUGUGCGGCAAGUCCUUCAACCGCAUGUACAACCUGCUGGGCCAUAUGCACCUACACGCGGGCAGCAAGCCCUUCAAGUGCCCCUACUGCUCCAGCAAGUUCAACCUCAAGGGCAACCUGAGCCGCCACAUGAAGGUCAAGCACGGCGUCAUGGACAUCGGCCUGGACAGCCAAGAUCCCAUGAUGGAGCUGGCGGGCACCGACCCCUCGGAGCUGGACGGCCCGCAGGAGAUGGAGGACUUCGAGAAUGCCUAUAGCUACGCUGGCGUGGAUGGCAGUGGCGAGGCCAGCGCGCUGAGCGAGCAGGCCAUGAAGGAGAUGGCCUACUACAACGUGCUAUAGCCGCGCCAGGGGGCGCCUCCCCUCUGCUGAGCGCCAGUACCCAGGGACCUGGGGACCAAAAUGCCUCCGGACCCCAGGCUGGGCGGCUGCACGGGGAUGGAGAAGAGCCAGUGGCAGGCCUCGGGAGCCCCCCACGGCCCUGACACUGGAGGGAGAGCUGAGCUGAGCCGAGCCACUGGGCCUUGUUCUGCUCUGCCCCGCUCCUGCCUCCCGGGAUGACAGGGACCCACUGCCCUCGUCCCAAACACCAGUCAUGGCUCCUGCCUCUACCUCCUGAGGCCGUCUCCCCCUGUAAGCCCUGACCCACCCCGAAGGCCUCAUCCUCAAGCCCUGUUUUGG